GGAGCGGCGGUGCGCGUGCGCGGGGCCGUGAGGCGGCGGUGGAGGCGGCCCCGUGAGGCGGGACGGGACCGGCCCGCGAGGGACCAGUUAAAAUAUUGCCACAUCAACUCAGGGAAGCAACAACCUGUGACUUUGUUUUUAAAGCUGGAGCAACAGUUUGGCUACCAACAAUGAAGAGAUAACCGGGAACCAAACAGCACUUGGCAGCCGAAUAUCACAGUAGCAAGUGAUUGUGCAAGCAGAAACAAGCUGCUCCUGGGAGAAUGAACUGUUGCGCAUCUGCCUCUAGCUGCUGCUCUCAUUUAGCUUAGAUAAUGUCCGUUCCACAAAAAGAGGACGACCCUCCCAGAUUCUUUGUCGGGGCUGAAGAAGGAGAGGAUGAGCCCUUGGAUUCCACCAAGCCUGGAGAAUUCGAGCACUUCUAUGACCCUGCCGAAGAGGAGGAGGAUGAAGAGUACGACUCACCACCUGAAAGACAGAUUGUAGUGGGCAUAUGUUCCAUGGCAAAGAAGUCUAGAUCCAAACCAAUGAAGGAAAUUCUGGAACGUGUUUCCAUGUUUAAAUACAUAACAGUUGUGAUAUUUGAAGAGGAUGUUAUUUUGAAUGAAUCAGUAGAAAACUGGCCUUUGUGUGAUUGUCUCGUUUCUUUUCAUUCCAAAGGAUUUCCACUGGACAAAGCAGUUGCCUAUGCAAAGCUCAGGAAUCCAUUUGUCAUCAAUGACUUGAAUAUGCAAUAUCGCAUACAGGACAGGAGAGAAGUCUAUAGUAUUCUCCAAGCAGAAGGCAUUUUACUUCCUCGUUAUGCAAUUCUGAAUCGAGACCCGAAUAAUCCCAAAGAAUGCAAUCUGGUCGAAGGGGAAGAUCACGUUGAGGUAAAUGGAGCAAUUUUCCAAAAGCCAUUUGUUGAAAAGCCAGUCAGUGCCGAGGACCAUAAUGUUUACAUUUAUUACCCAACAUCUGCUGGAGGAGGGAGUCAGAGGCUCUUUCGGAAGAUCGGCAGCAGAAGUAGCGUUUACUCCCCUGAAAGUAAUGUUCGAAAAACAGGCUCGUACAUUUAUGAGGAGUUCAUGCCUACAGAUGGAACUGACGUGAAGGUGUAUACAGUGGGCCCGGACUAUGCCCAUGCCGAAGCUCGGAAAUCCCCUGCCCUAGAUGGCAAAGUGGAAAGGGAUAGUGAAGGGAAGGAAGUCCGAUAUCCUGUCAUCCUUAAUGCAAGAGAAAAAUUAAUUGCUUGGAAAGUCUGCCUCGCUUUUAAGCAAACAGUUUGUGGCUUUGACUUACUGCGUGCUAAUGGACAGUCAUAUGUUUGUGAUGUCAACGGCUUCAGUUUUGUGAAGAAUUCUAUGAAAUAUUACGAUGACUGCGCUAAAAUACUUGGAAAUAUCAUAAUGCGAGAGCUUGCUCCACAAUUUCAGAUUCCAUGGUCAAUACCAUUAGAAGCCGAAGAUAUACCAAUUGUGCCAACCACAUCUGGAACGAUGAUGGAGCUUAGAUGUGUUAUUGCAGUUAUACGACACGGGGAUCGAACACCAAAACAAAAGAUGAAAAUGGAAGUGAGACAUCAGAAGUUUUUUGAUCUUUUUGAGAAGUGCGAAGGCUAUAAGUCCGGAAAGCUAAAACUGAAAAAGCCAAAACAGUUACAGGAAGUGCUGGACAUUGCUAGACAGCUUCUUUUAGAACUUGGGCAGAAUAACGAUUCUGAAAUCGAAGAGAGCAAAUCAAAACUUGAACAACUGAAAACUGUAUUAGAAAUGUAUGGACAUUUUUCUGGAAUAAAUCGUAAAGUCCAGUUGACUUAUCUCCCUCACGGUUGUCCUAAAACAUCUAGUGAAGAGGAAGACACUAGGAGAGAAGAACCCUCGUUACUCUUGGUUCUGAAGUGGGGCGGGGAAUUGACCCCCGCCGGCCGAGUUCAAGCGGAGGAACUUGGGAGAGCUUUCAGGUGCAUGUAUCCUGGAGGACAAGGCGAUUAUGCAGGAUUUCCUGGUUGUGGUUUACUUAGACUACAUAGUACUUACCGACAUGACCUCAAAAUAUACGCUUCUGAUGAGGGACGGGUCCAGAUGACUGCUGCAGCUUUUGCAAAGGGAUUAUUGGCUCUAGAAGGAGAGCUUACGCCCAUUCUUGUCCAGAUGGUAAAAAGUGCAAAUAUGAAUGGGCUAUUGGACAGUGAUAGUGACUCUCUAAGCAGCUGUCAGCAUCGUGUGAAAGCAAGACUUCAUGAAAUCCUUCAAAGAGACAGAGAGUUUACUACUGAAGACUAUGAAAAGCUUACUCCAUCUGGAAGCAUUUCUCUUAUCAAGUCAAUGCACCUAAUCAAAAAUCCUGUGAAGACCUGUGACAAAGUUUAUUCAUUGAUUCAGAGUUUGACUUCUCAAAUCAGACAAAGAAUGGAAGACCCAAAGUAUUCAGACAUUCAGCUUUACCAUAGUGAAACUCUGGAAUUAAUGCUACGUCGAUGGUCAAAACUGGAGAAGGACUUUAAGACAAAGAAUGGAAGAUACGACAUCAGUAAAAUCCCUGAUAUUUAUGACUGUAUAAAAUAUGACGUCCAACAUAAUGGCUCCUUGAAAUUAGAAAACACAAUGGAACUGUACAGGCUUUCCAAGGCCUUAGCAGAUAUUGUUAUCCCUCAGGAAUACGGUAUAUCCAAAGUUGAAAAACUAGAGAUUGCCAAAGGCUACUGCACUCCUUUAGUUAGGAAGAUUCGCUCAGAUCUUCAGAGGACGCAAGAUGAUGACACUGUAAACAAGCUUCAUCCCCUGUAUUCCAGAGGUGUGAUGUCUCCUGAGCGUCACGUCCGAACGAGACUGUAUUUUACCAGCGAAAGUCAUGUACACUCUUUACUGUCCAUUCUUCGUUACGGUGCCUUAUGUGAUGAAUCUAAAGAUGAUCAGUGGAAGCGAGCUAUGGAUUAUCUCAAUGUCGUCAAUGAACUCAACUACAUGACUCAGAUUGUUAUCAUGCUGUAUGAGGACCCAAAUAAGGAUCUUUCCUCAGAGGAGCGUUUCCAUGUUGAGCUACACUUUAGCCCAGGAGCCAAAGGCUGUGAAGAAGACAAAAAUUUACCGUCUGGGUAUGGAUACAGACCUGCCUCCAGGGAGAGCGAUGGCUCAAAGAAAUCCUCACAUAAAAACGAUAGCGACGAGGAGCCACAUGCUUCUAAAAGGGAUGAACCCGAUCGAGCAGUACUCAUGUUCAAGCCCAUGGUGUCCGAUCCCAUUCACAUACACAGAAAGUCGCCACUUCCCCGAUCUAGGAAGAUUGGUCCAAGUGAAGAAGAGAGCCCCCUGAGUGUGUCUAACCCAGAGGGUACUGGUACCUGGCUGCAUUACACCAGUGGUGUGGGUACUGGGCGUCGAAGACGCAGAUCAGGGGAACAAAUCACUUCUUCCCCUGUCUCCCCUAAAUCAUUGGCUUUCACAUCCAGUAUUUUUGGCUCAUGGCAACAGGUGGUUUCAGAGAGCAGUAAUUACCUCCGAACACCAAGGACCCUGGUGGAACAAAAACAGAAUGCUCUAGGGACUCCCUGUGCGGGCCUGUUUAGCACCUCGGUACUCGGGGGCUCUUCAAGCGCACCUAACCUUCAGGAUUAUGCUCGUACUCAUCGUAAAAAGCUGACUUCUUCUGGCUGCAUGGAUGACGCCACACGUGGUUCUGCUGUUAAAAGGUUUUCUAUCUCAUUUGCUCGACACCCAACCAAUGGGUUUGAACUGUAUUCCAUGGUGCCUUCUAUCUGCCCUCUAGAAACUCUACACAAUGCCCUAUCUUUAAAGCAGGUGGACGAAUUUCUCGCUUCAGUUGCCAUGCCAUCAACCGACAGUCGGCCAGAGAUACCGUCUGCUCUUUCCUGUUCUGCGGGUUCUAGUCCACAUUCUAGAAGAAAAAUGUCUUUAAAUACUUACACUCCUGCAAAGAUCCUCCCUACACCUCUUGCCCCCGCGCAGCACGGGAAAGCAGCCGCUGGAACCAGCGGGACUUCUGGCAAGUCUCCAGCGAGCACCUCAUCUCCCAAGCAGAGUCCCCGUGUCCGAGGGGAGGACAAAGCGGCUACACCGAAGAAGUAAAAUCCUUCAAAGCAAACUGGGACUAGUAUUCCAAAAAGGUGUCCCUUGGUCGGGGGGAAGAGAGCUAAACUAAACCGAAAACUGUCAAAGCCAUCCAUUUCCGUCUCUGGCAGCGCACUUGUCUGUACAAUUUGAAACAGUUUUCAGAGCUGGAACACGUUUUUGUAAGUAUUCAGGUAAAAAGGGUCUUUUGUCAUUAACCGUCUUGAACUAUGUUCGACAAAGGUUUCCUGAAGCACUCGAGUGUCUGAUGUUUACCAUGCGCCCGUGGACGGUGGGAGAGGCAUCAAAGUAAUGCCACCGAUUUGAGGGUCUGGGCUAGCUGCCACAGGGAAACCUCUAUUUUCAGGGGAUUUUUUAAAUUGGCUAUGAAAACCUCUGGGCUUAAGGUGAAACUCGGCAGCCAAGAUUUCAACCUGAAAACGCUUUUUAUUUAAUUACGUUUCCAAAGAGAGCUUAUUGACCAUUUAGGUUAGAGUCAUUUUUUCUUGUUGUUGUUGUUGUUCGUUCUUUCUCAAACGACCACAUAUGCUGCAAUAUUUAGACUCGGAUGGGUCGGCGGAGAAAGGGACUUUCCUCCAUCCUUUGCAUUGAAUCAUCUCGACUGGCGAGUCUGGGUCAAGGUCAACACUUUCCGUCAUCUCAGAAAUUGCACAGCGACGGUUAUGCGUACCUGUUAAUAUUUGUGUAUAGUCAUUCUUCUGUGGAAAAAAAAAUAUGGUUUAUUUUCUUAUAAGGAGCGUUUUUGUUUAUCAGGACUAUGGCUUUAUUAUUUAAGUCUGUAUUAAAAAAAAAAAAGAAGCCUUUGGUUUCGUUUAAAGGGAUGGAUUCUGGCAGUAGAAAUUGUAAAUAGCGGGCACCUGGCUUUCAGUGGUGCUGACCUUUUUCGUCCUUAAGGGACUCAAUCCUAAAGGUGGAGAUGGCAGCGUUAGCAGGAGGAACUGCGGGAUGGGCUGCAGCUGCUCUCUGAAUUUUGGGAGAACGGAGCGGGCUUCGGCACGUCGUCACGCCGUUGCCGUUCUUAGCUCGGCUGCGCUCGACGGAUGGCGUUAAGAGAAAGUCGGUCUCGAGCAUUUAAAAAGGGGCCCUUUUUAAAGUGUAGUUUCGUAGAGCAAUCGUCUCAAAGUGGUGUGUGUUUGUGGCUUCGUCUGUGAUAGGAAGAAUUAUUCUCCUUCCCGUAAUUCUCCGCCUCGGUGCGCCUCUUCGCUGCUCCACCCCUUGAAACUAGAAGCCAAGCACUCGGGCAUAAUAUUAAUACCAUCAUCAUCAAUCGUAUUCCACGUAUUCCAAGAAUUCCACAUAUGGCAAGUCCUCCAACUUUCCUUGUAACGUUAUGAGGGCUUUGAACUUCAACAUUUGGGAACAGGAUUUUCGUGAUUUUUGCAGUGAAGGUGGGUGACCUAGGGAAUAGCAGAUAGAAAAUAGGUAUAGUAAAUGCUGGCGUUCUAAAGGUACCAAAUACAAAAGAUUCAGUCUACAUACUUGAUACAUUUUGCACUCUGAAAUGCAGUCUACGAUGUUGGAAGCUGUUGUCUCGUAACUGUCUGAAUAGUCAUAUGUUGGCAGGGUUUAAAGGCUGUUGGAAUUAAAUGUACUUAUCAUUCCAUUCCCCCCCUGUUACAUUGAAAAAGGUGUGGGGGGGUG